CCUGUCUCCCCACCCCCAGUCCGUACGAGGUGGAUUUAGGAAGAAAGGAACCAAAAAACCUGGGUAGCGGAGAUAACGACAGACACCAAUAAAGAGAUAUACAUUUGGAGAUCCGCGCGCGGCGGUGUCGCGCACGGAUUAUUAUAGGGUAUUUUAUUUUUCUUUCACUGAGGAGAUUCUGGCUCGGAGCGUCUGAUCCUGGGGGGGGGGACGGAAUACAAACGCACGGGGAAUAAUAGGAGUAUUUUAUACUCGCUCCCUCCGUUAACAAGUGACUGCUCUGCUGCUCAGUAAAGUGGAAUAUAGCGGGUUUUUCCAACGGGAUGCGGAGGAACUGUUUUUCUGAGGGAAUACGACCGCUCACCCACACAGAAUACGGAUUUUAAAAGCUGUCCCCCCGUAAACCAACUGGGGGGGUAGUUGCAAAGAUACUUUUCUCACACCGUUGAAAGUGCCAAGCCGUCCUGCGUGAAGACCCCAACCUUCCCUGCGCAGCCGGGGCCUCGGCUCUCCAGCCAGGUCGAACAUCAGUCCCACCCCACCCCUCCCUGCCCCCCCUUCCCCUACUGGAGCCAAGAUGGCCACCAGCGGUGCCCCUCGCCUCUCCUUGCCACUCCUGCUGCCUGUCACCACUCUGCUGCUAUCACUGCUGCUCACCGGCUCCCACGCCUUAUCUGCACCACGGUUCACUAAAGUUCCCGUCGACCAGAUUGGUGUCUCAGGGGGUGUGGUUUCCUUUGUGUGCCAGGCGACGGGCGACCCCAAGCCAAGGGUUAGCUGGAACAAGAAAGGCAAGAAGGUCAACUCCCAGCGUAUAGAGACCAUUGAGUUUGACGAGGGUGCCGGCGCUGUACUCAGAAUCCAGCCUCUCCGAGCGCCACGUGACGAGAACAUCUACGAAUGCGUUGCUGAGAACAGCGAGGCCGAGAUUACCGUCAAUGCCAAGCUGUCCAUCAUCCGAGAGGACCUACUACCAUUAGGCUUCCCUAACAUAGACAUGGGUCCUCAACUCAAAGUGGUGGAGCGCACUCGAACAGCCACCAUGCUCUGUGCUGCCAGUGGCAACCCUGACCCAGAAAUCACCUGGUACAAAGACUUCCUGCCCAUUGAUCCCAGUGCAAGUAAUGGGCGAAUCAAACAGCUACGCUCAGGUGCCUUGCAGAUCGAGAACAGCGAGGAGACCGACCAGGGGAAGUACGAGUGCGUGGCGUCUAAUGUGGAAGGCGUGCGCUACUCGUCCCCUGCUAACCUAUAUGUGCGAGUCCGGCGGGUGCCUCCUCGCUUCUCCAUUCCACCAACGAGUCAGGAAAUUAUGCCCGGUGGCAGUGUGAACAUAACAUGUGUGGCGGUGGGGUCGCCCAUGCCUUACGUCAAGUGGAUGCUGAACUCAGAGGAUUUGACACCGGAGGAUGAGAUGCCAGUGGGCAGGAAUGUUCUCGAACUGAGCAGCGUCCGUGAGUCAGCCAACUACACCUGCGUGGCCAUGAGCAGCCUUGGCAUCAUUGAAGCUGUGGCACAGAUCACUGUCAAAUCUCUCCCCAAGCCUCCAGGUACCCCUGUGGUUACUGAAACCACUGCCACCAGUGUGACCAUCACCUGGGACUCGGGCAACCCAGACCCAGUGACUUACUAUAUCAUCCAGUACAGGGCAAAGUCCCCAGACAGCAAGUAUGAGACAGUGGAUGAUAUCACUACUACACGUUACAGCAUCGGUGGCCUCUACCCCAACACAGAGUAUGAAAUCCGAGUCUCAGCUGUCAACACAAUCGGCCAGGGUCCUCCCAGUGAGCCAGUAGAAACACGGACUGGUGAACAGGCCCCUGCCAGUCCACCACGAAACAUCCAGGCCCAGAUCAUUUCUCAAAAUACCAUGAUGGUGCGCUGGGAAGAGCCCGAGGAGCCCAAUGGGCAGAUCAAGGGCUACCGUGUUUAUUACACCAUGGACGACUCCCAGCCCAUGAGCCUCUGGCAGAUUCAUAAUGUCCAGGACAGCAUCAUUACCACUAUCCAGAGCCUGGUUCCUCAAGAGACAUACACAAUCAAAGUGUUAGCAUUCACCUCUGUAGGAGACGGACCCUUCUCUGAGCCCAUCCAUGUCAAAGUACUGCAAGGAGUUCCAGGUCAGCCCGCCAAAUUCCAGGUUGGUGCUGUGUCUGAUACCAGCAUUGAAUUGACUUGGGAAGCCGCCUAUGAGAAAGAAGGAAUUAUAAAUUAUGAACUUCGCUACACAGAAGGCAGUUUUGGCACCCAGAUGAAGAAAAUAUUUGGUCCCACAUCAAGAUAUGUUGUGGAAAAUCUCCGCCCACACACGGAGUACCACUUCUCCCUGGCUGCCAUCUCUAACAAAGGCAUUGGAGCCUUCACCAAUGACAUAACACAGAAGACCUUGCAAGCCAAGCCCUCAGCCCCCCCUCAAGACAUUAAAUGCAGCAGCACCAGCUCCACCAGCCUGCUGGUAAGUUGGCGCCCCCCGCCUUUGAAGAGUCAGAACGGUGUCCUGGCGGGGUAUAGGGUGCACUACCAGGUGGUGGGCCCGUCAGAAGGCGGCAGUGACGAUGGGGAGCCCACGGAGGAGCCCACAGUCCCUGCCACUGAAGCGCAGGUGUUGCUGCAGCGAUUGGAGAAGUGGACCCAGUACCACAUCACUGUGGCCGCCCUCACUGCGAUCGGGCCAGGCCCUGAGAGCGAGCCCCUGAUCUGCCGCACAGACGAAGAUGUUCCUGGGGCUCCUCCAAGGCGAGUGGAGGUGGAGGUCCUCAACUCCACAGCACUUAAGGUGAUGUGGCGCUCCCUGACGCCAGGCAAGCAGCACGGUCAGAUCCGUGGCUACCAGGUUCACUAUGUACGCGUGGAAAAUGGCGAGUCACGGGGCCUGCCCCUCAUCAAGGACGUCAUGCUGGCCGAUGCCCAGUGGGAAACGGACGAUACAGCUGAAUAUGAAAUGGUCAUUGGAGGACUCAAGCCAGACACCACUUACUCCAUCACAGUGGCAGCGUACACCACCAAGGGGGAUGGAGCCCGCAGCAAACCCAAACUGGUGGUGACCAAAGGGGCAGUGCCUGGUCUGCCCUAUCUGUCAGUGGCUCAGGACUCAGAGACAUCAGCUGUGGUUCGCUGGGACCCUCCAGAAUUCACCAGUGGUAUGGACCUGCAGGGUUACCGGCUGCAGUUUGGCCGCAAAGAUGUCUCUCCUUUAGCCACACUGGAAUUUGCUCCACAAGAACGACAGUACUCUGUGGGCAACAUCCACCGGGGGGCCACCUAUAUCUUUAAAGUCUCAGCCAAGAGCAGGGGGGGCUUUGGGGAAGAGGCUGUGGUAGAACUCAGUGUACCCGAGAACACGCCAGGGGGCUACCCUCAAAUUGAAGAGGGCUCCAAUGUGACAUGCUGCUCAGUGCAGCUGUCCUGGUCUCCUCCAGUGCUGGCGGAGAGAAAUGGGGUAAUCACGGAGUACACUUUGGCCUAUAAGGAAACCGGCGCCGUUGGAGCACCACGGGAGCUCCGCUUGCCCCCAAACCAGUCCAGCUAUGUUCUCAACAGCCUCAAACCGAACUCAGCGUACGAUGUGAAAAUACGUGCACACACCAGUGUAGGUCCAGGGCCCUACAGCCCGCCCAUCCAGUAUCGGACGGUGGCCUUUGAUCCAACAGACGUUCCAAAGAAUUUCACUGUGAAGUGGGCCACCAAGACCACUGUGGUUAUUGCAUGGAAGUUUUCUGACAGUAAAUCUCCAUACAAAUGCACGAUUGAGUACAACCGUCAGAAGAUGGAUGUGGAUGCCAGGCAGAUGAGGGUGCUGGUCACGGGGCUAAAACACAACACCACCUACGAGUUCAGGGUGACCUGCCAAGAAAGCAUAGACGGUGGGCCAAGACACCGUGUGGUUGCCAAGACUGCACCACUCAUCCUGGUCAAGAAACCCAAGCUGGACAUCUAUGCUGAGCCUGACAACAUGCUCACCAUGUCCUUCCCACCGGUCGAUAAUAAGGAUGUCAAGACUUUCUAUGUGGUUGUUGUGCCACUUAAGAGGACUUCAGGAGCUGUCAAAAACCUGAAGAACCCUGAUGAGAUGGACAUGGAAGAGCUGUUGCGGGAGGUGACCCUCAAGCGUCGUUCACGCCGCCAGCUGGCUCAGCUGGACCAGAGGAAGCCCUACAUCACAGCCUGCUUCAGGCAGCUGCCCUCCAGCUUCACGGUGGGAUCUGACUAUCGCCAAAGCAGCUGUGAGAACAAGCCUCUUGAACCUGGCCAGGAGUAUGUCUUCUUCCUGCUGGCUGAACUCAACGCCACCUCCGGGAAAAUGUUUGCUACCAGCCCUUACACCGACACUGUGGUGACUCCCGAGCUGGAGGUUGGCCCAGUAGAGACUGGUGACGGACUCAUAUGGGUGGUGGGCCCAGUCCUGGCUGUGGUCUUCAUCAUCUGCAUCGUCAUCGCUAUUCUCCUGUAUAAAAACCGCAAAAGAAAAGAGUCAGAGCCGCGCACGAAAUGCCUGCUGAACAACGCAGACAUCACACCCCACCACCCCACAGACCCUGUGGAGAUGAGACGCAUCAACUUCCAAACUCCAGGUAUGAUGAAUCAUCCUCCCAUCCCUAUCUCAGAGCUGGCCGAACACACGGAGCUUCUCAAAGCCAACGACAACCUCAAGCUCUCCCAGGAAUAUGAGUCUAUCGAUCCAGGCCAGCAGUUCACCUGGGAACAUUCCAACCUGGAGGUGAACAAGCCCAAAAAUCGUUACGCCAACGUCAUCGCCUAUGACCACUCUCGAGUCAUCCUGGCUCCCAUCGAAGGUAUCACAGGUAGCGACUAUAUCAAUGCCAACUACAUUGAUGGCUACAGAAAGCAGAAUGCCUACAUCGCCACCCAGGGUCCACUACCAGAGACAUUCGGGGACUUCUGGAGGAUGGUGUGGGAGCAGAGAGCAGCCACUGUGGUCAUGAUGACCAGGCUGGAGGAGAAGUCACGGAUUAAGUGUGACCAGUACUGGCCCAGUCGUGGCACAGAAACCUAUGGUAUGACCCAAGUGACCCUGUUGGACACUAUAGAACUGGCUACUUUCUGUGUCCGCACUUUCUCCUUGCACAAGAAUGGCUCCAGUGAGAAGCGGGAGGUUCGUCAGUUUCAGUUCACAGCGUGGCCUGACCAUGGAGUACCAGAGUACCCGACCCCCUUCUUGGCCUUCCUCCGUAGGGUUAAGACCUGUAACCCGCCUGACGCCGGACCCAUCAUCGCCCACUGCAGUGCGGGUGUCGGCCGGACAGGUUGCUUUAUCGUCAUCGACGCCAUGCUUGAGCGCAUCAAGCACGAGAAGACGGUCGACAUUUACGGCCAUGUGACGCUGAUGCGCUCGCAGCGGAAUUACAUGGUGCAGACGGAGGACCAGUACAGCUUCAUUCACGAUGCACUGCUGGAGGCGGUGGCCUGUGGCAACACUGAAGUGGCUGCCCGGAGCCUCUACUCCUACAUCCAGAAGCUGGCCCAGGUGGAGAGCGGCGAGCACGUAACUGGCAUGGAGCUAGAGUUCAAGCGUUUGGCCAACUCCAAAGCCCACACGUCGCGCUUCAUCAGUGCUAACCUUCCCUGCAACAAGUUCAAGAAUCGGCUGGUCAACAUCAUGCCCUACGAGACCACGCGUGUCUGCCUGCAGCCAAUCAGAGGCCUGGAAGGAUCCGACUACAUCAAUUCCAGCUUCAUUGAUGGAUACAGGCAACAGAAGGCCUACAUCGCCACGCAGGGCCCUCUGGCAGAGACCACAGAAGACUUCUGGAGAAUGCUCUGGGAGAACAAUUCUACUAUUGUAGUCAUGUUGACCAAACUAAGAGAAAUGGGACGGGAAAAAUGUCACCAGUACUGGCCGGCGGAGCGCUCUGCCAGGUAUCAGUACUUUGUGGUUGAUCCCAUGGCGGAGUACAACAUGCCCCAGUACAUCCUCCGAGAGUUCAAGGUCACAGACGCCAGGGACGGUCAGUCCAGGACAGUAAGGCAGUUCCAGUUUACUGAUUGGCCGGAGCAAGGCGUGCCCAAAUCUGGGGAGGGAUUCAUCGAUUUUAUCGGCCAGGUGCAUAAAACCAAGGAGCAGUUUGGACAGGAUGGACCGAUCUCUGUCCACUGCAGUGCUGGCGUGGGCAGGACGGGAGUCUUCAUCACCCUCAGUAUCGUCCUGGAGCGAAUGCGCUACGAAGGCGUGGUUGAUAUCUUCCAGACAGUGAAGAUGCUCCGGACACAGAGGCCAGCCAUGGUCCAGACUGAGGAUGAGUACCAAUUCUGCUAUCAUGCAGCUCUGGAGUACUUAGGAAGCUUUGAUCACUAUGCAACGUAAAAAGCCAUCUCUUCCCCCCAGAAUCCUGUCGCCCCCCCUCAACAGUCUCCUGAGCCAUAGAAACUUUGAAAUUUGAAACGACAACAGCAGACGACGAUAACACCAUCUCUAAUUCAGACACACCAAACAGGAUCCCAAAGUAGACUUUAAGAAACAGGACGCCCGACCAACCAGUGAAGAGUAAUUCCAAUUCGAUUGAGAGACCCUUCGUGAGGACACGAGGGAAAAUUGCCCAUCACCAAGAAAAGAAAAUCCUCACCGGAAGAGGAACUAGACACUGUGGCUCAAGCUGUGGGGCGGGAAUUGAUCAAAGCGUCAGACUGCUUACCUUACCUCAAGUGUUUCAAUGUGGAGGACAUUGUAAACAUUCGUGGACAUUUCUCUUCUCAAAAAUAUCUCGUGAUACAACGGUAACAAGCAACAGUUAAUGAAGGAGAAGGCAACAAAUCAACGAGAGGCAGAUGGAUGUAGCCAAGACGGGGUGACUUUCUUGUUUUUUGAUAUGCCUGGGUGUAAAAGGGGGUUCAAGUAUUUCUAUCAACACAUUUUGUGAGUGAUAUCCAGAGAAAAUGACCAAACUGUGGUUGCCUGUGUGAACACAAACGGUUUUACCCCAAACUCUGGUAAGACAAAAAAAAAAAUCUAAACAGCGGAAACAUAACUAGCACGAGAACACUACCAUCUAGCAUCGAAUAAACCUUGAGUUUUUUUACACUGUCCCACUAAUGAUAUGCAUAAUUUGUGUGGAAAAACACUCAACUAUUAAAGUAUACAUCACACAGCUGCCUGUUCUCAAGCGCUACGAGCUUAGAGACGGCGCUGUCAGCGGCUGUGGGAGAGAAAGCAGCACCACAUAUCUUAAGAUCAGUUAGCUUCAUGAAUUGUGAACUUCAGUAUCCCAAGCCAGGUAACCACAGUGAUGUUGAAAAGUACCGCAGUGUAUUGAAGAAGUGCCCCAGGAGUCUCGUGUCUCAGUCACCAGAGAAAUCGGGUGGGGGGAGAUCUCGGCUCUUGCAAGAAGCCGCGGCUGGGUCGUCUUGCGGAUGGUCAAGGUGGGAGAAAUGGCAACCGUGUCCCAUGAUUUUUUACAAUCACUCCUCUCUUUGGAACCAUUGCAUCAUGGGGCUUCGGUGUUAACAUCCACCAUUUUGAACAAGAGAUUAAUCUGGUGGGCGAGAAGCUUUGGAACAAACGGAACAACCAAACAAGGAUCGCCCGCAAAGUCGGGGCUUUCUUUGUGUACAGUGACCAACGCUCAUCAUCAUUGUUUCGAACUUUUUUGUCUUAUGAGGAAUUAUCUUUUUUUUUUCUUCUUCUUCUUUUUUUGUUUUUACUUUCUGUCAAAACCAAACAUGCUGCUUAUCUCGUGUAUGCUGUAAGUGUGACUCUUGAGGGAGAGGAAACUGACGAAACAAAAGAUGCCAGCUCUGCUAACCGCUCGCGCCAAGGCGGGCGUGACUGAAAGCGCAUCCACAUGACAACAUCGUCCACUGGUCUUUCCCACCUCUCCUUUUCAUUUUUUUCUCCAGCCUCCUCUAUAAUCAUCAUCGUUUAAGACACUCGAGAGUGGCAGAGGCCUGUUGCAGUUACAAAGCUGUGUGUUCAUGUGGUUGAAAAAUUGGCCUUUAGUUCCACUGUAUGUGUGUUUGGUAACAGGUGGAUAAACGAAGUAGUUGCUUUGGUUUUUUGUCCUCCGUUUUAUAGAUGAUGUCUCUGUGGGCGACACAGCCAGACCAGGCAGCCAUGUUGGAUCUCGACGCCAUGAUGUGAUAAUGAAAUUCUUCGGUACAAGUUACUUGCACAUCCUAAGGAAAAAAAGAAACUUGAAACAAAUACCCCCCAAAAUAACUGCAGGUUGGAUUUGACGCACUAAUGUAAAUGUGUCUGAUAAAAAAAAUAUAAGAAAAAAAAAAUCGAGCUUUUGAAAUUACCAGGUUUUCAUUUUGAGAUCAGUGCUUUGGUACAGGUGAGUGUACGGACUCUGUGGAGGUUUCCGACGGGUGUGCACAAAAACCAGAGUGAUGGACAGAACUGUGUGUAAUCUUUUCUUAUUUCCAAAAAAGCCUUAUUGUUAUUGUAACAUUAUGAAAACAUUACUGUUGUAUUAUGACGACUUAUUUUACAUUACAUAGUUGACUUUUUAUUUUCUUUUUUUGGUUUAGUUUUUUAACAGAGAUGUUGUAUCACAUUUUUUAAAAUUAGCAGGAAAAGAGAAAUGCUUAUUUGUUCAUAUUACGUUAAAAGACAUUCUAUUUUUUCACUGUAGAAAUGUUAAGUAUAACAUGUCUGUGUAUACGUGUGCAUAUAUGUAUGUAUGUAUGUAUGUAUAUAUAUAUAUAUAUAUAUAUAUACAUAUAUAUACUGCACACUCACACAUGCAUAUAUAUUUAAAUGCAGAAUAUAAAGAUAUAUCCAAACACUUAGUAUUAAUUACAUUUUCUCCUCAUCAUCUUUUUUUUAUACCAGCCAGUGCUCAUGUUUGAAAAUAUGACUUUUUAUUGGUUUGUCUUUGUUUGUUUGUUUUUUGUAAUCUCACAAACCUUGUGCGUUUCUCGAGGAAAAAGCAGAGGUGAUGUCAGCGCUACACCUGAAUCCUCUGCCUCCACUCACCGAUGUUUAACUUCUACCCCCGGGGUAGAUCCUGUGCCGACGAGAAGAUGCCAUUUUUAAACCUUGAGAUUCUUUAUUAUCAUUAACUUGUAGGCGUUAGUGUUCUUUUUGAGUUAGUUUUGAGCAACUGUUGAAUGAUGAACUGGUUGAAAAAAAUAUCUAAUCAAUCAAAAAUUUCAUAAUUGAACUUGCUAUAUCAGCCCAACUCGACGUACUGUACCUUGUAUGAUCAUGUACAGACUACGACCCUCACGGUUUUUAAGAAAAUCCUCUUCAGUUAGUUCUCUUUUUUUUUUUUACUUUUGUUAUUUUCUGACAUAAUGUGGUCAUUCAUUUUGUUAGAUAUCCACUAUGAUCUAGAAUAUACCUGUAAAUAAACAAAUAUAUAGAUUAUAUGUAUUUGUAUCAUUUGACCCUCAAAAAUCUCAUACGUUGAGCGGGAACAGAAUCACAGAGACCGAGGUUCUGCUCAUAUUACGACUUCCUGGUGUUUGUAAAGCCUGUUUUCUCUCCUUCCGAAAUGUUCUUUCUCCAGCCCUUCUCCCUGGUCUUUAAUUACCACUCACUUUUUUUCUGCCUUUAAUUUCCCCUGCUAGCAGUUAAACUGGGAAACAAGCCAGCUCCUGUUCUCACACCUAUAGCCUCAAUGAGGGCAUGCAAUCAGCAUCAGUGUUCUGCUGGUAUAAUUUAGCUGAGGAUGGGAAGUUAGUCCACUCGCUAACCAUUUGAAUUGCUAAUCAACCAUCAAUUCAAGGUCCUGCUACAUCCUUAUUCUCAAUGUGGUGGACAUGACCUUUUUCCUGCCCCGGCAUUAGCACGGGUCUGCUGGAGAUAAGAUGGACUUUCCUCUGUCACACCAUGGAGCUACAGCAACUGAUUCUGUUUAAAUAAUUAGACCUCCAGUCUCAAAUUCUAACAAAAUGGGGAUUACACAGGUGUAGAUUCUCAAUUUCUCCACUAAUGUGAGAAACAAUAGCACCCAAAGGUGUUUUUCCAUUCCUUAAAAGUUCUCCACAAAUCCCCCGAAAAUCCCCAGCUGUCCAACUGCCUAAAAUGCCAAGGUGUUAUCCAUAAAUAUAUCACUGGCUGAUGGACAAAUGCAGCUAAGCUAAAGGCCAUAUGUAGUUCAGUUGCAACAUGACAUGUUGAUCUAUUUUCUCCCCAAGAGCAUUUUUAAACGUUGUAUAGAACCAUACUUUGUGUUUGUUUGUUUUUUUGUUUGUUUGUUUUCGUUCAGCCAUGUUUCAUUGUGGGAUGCAGAAAGAAAUCAGGACUCAAUGAAACAGAGCAGUGCGAUGCAACCAAGGGAAGACCAAGACAACCAAAAACUUGCUGCAAAUUCACAUUUCCAGCACGUCAUUUCUGAACAGUGGGAACCUUGAGAUGUUUCAUAAUGAACUAAAAUCCUGAAGUCUUUUGGAACUCGAAAAAAGACUGGUAGUAAAUGGCCCAAAAUGCCAAAACUGAAUCCGUGGAAGUCUUUGGAAAGCUUGUGCAAUGUGUUACUCUUUUGACUUCAUGUAAAGAUGCUAGACUUUUGAAAAACAGACGCCAAAUUUACUGGAAUAUGUUGCAGAAUAUUUGGGGGAGCGGGAGGGAGGGGACUAACAAAAAAAAAAACAACACUAACAAAAAAAAUUACAUCAAAAAGAAUAGAACAUAUACAGUACAUACCGACGAAAUGAAAAAGAACCCAAACUCAGCAAAAUAGUUUUUCCUUUGUAUGAGGGCCAAGUGCUAUCACUUUCAAACUGUUACUUCUAA